GUCCUUUCAGUGCUAACAGGAGAUGAUUCUUGUUUUCUGUAUUCUUUCUAUUAAUAGCUGAAAUGUUUUACUUUGUGAAAAUAAUGAAACACCAGUCCUGCUUAAUUUUUUUAUGAACAUUUCCUAACCUUUAAAAACACUUUUAUUGAAGUAAUUUCUGCCUCUGCAGCUCCUCUCAGGUUUAACUAUAGGCGAGGAUGAUGUGCAAAUUACAAUAUGCAGAUCAGUCAAUCAAUAAUCCCGCCCCCCCCCAGCUGACGUCCAGACAUCUGUGUCUCACUGCUAUCAGAGUCACACUGCUCAGCCCAAUCAGCUCUCUCUCCUGCAUUUUUUAAAUUUGAGCUCAGGGUGGGGUCAGCUAAAAUCAGGGUUUUCUUUUACUCUUUAAUAUUAAUAACCUAUAGAGUAUACUCUGUCCCAUCACAAAUAUUUCCAACCAUAUUUCAAUUCCUACAAAGGAAGGUGAGGAACUCCACCACUCCUAUAUUUAACAAUUCAUCUAUGCUGAUGGGUGACUACACACAAUUGAAAAAAGUUCAAACAGAAUGGAAAAUGCAAAAUGUCAAUUAAGUUACAUUAUAAUUUAGUCAUAAUAAGUUAAAGGUUUAAGUCUAAUUACCUCUAAUGUAAUGUACUUUUUUUACCAGAAUUACCUCAAAUUAUAGAAGUAAAUUCAGUGUAUGCAGGUUAAUGGUUUAUGGGAAAGCGUGUGACUUUACUGGAGUUGUGUAAAGUUUAUUUCUGUAGUAGAGCACGUCUUUUCCCGUAGUCUGAGCUGCAGAUCUACCGGGGUGUUCAAUUUCAGAUAUUUUUAUCCACUGGGGCUCCAUUAUCCAGAAAGGACACACUGCACAUGAUAUGAGGGAAAGAAAAACAGAAAGUAAAUCUACAAACUCUAUAAAACCAAGCAGCUGCUCCUCAUUUCUUCAGAUCUGAGAGGAGCAGCUGUGAGGUAAGCCUGACUUAUUGAUUAAUAUGUUAAAUGUUGUGGGUAAAAGCUGGUUUUUAGACGGUGAAGGUGGUUAAAAAGUGGAUCAUCCCGGUGAAAAUCUGAUUAAGUAAGAAAAUAUUCAGAAAAACAUAUUCACCGUCUCUACAUCAACCCAUGAAUUAAUAUUCAUGGCCCCGCCCACCUCGGCUCGGCACCGCCCACAAGCAGAGCUGAAGCCAAUCAGCGACGCCGUCUCGUCAGAUAGGAGGAGCUAACAGCACUAGGAGCUAACAGCAUGCAGUUCAUUCCUGUGUUAUUUGUGCGAAUAACACAUCAGUGUUUAUAUACUUUACCCAGUAAUUCAGAGCUAAGACACAAAUGGUUAGAAUUAGUCUAUGAGUUAAAAGUAAAACUCCAGCCUAGGUUUUUGUUCAUCCCUGGGGUGGAUUUUUACUUUCUGGACCUGGACUACUACAGAUUUAAAUAGGAUCUCCGGUGGAUUUGGUGUUUUACUCUGAGAGACUCUAAGUCUAAAACUCUGAGUCUAAAACUUUAAAACUCCAAAACUAAAUCACUAAAUCACUUUUAACUUAGUUUUUAACCACCUUCUAUUUUUUCUACCUUUUAUUAUUCUAAUUAUUUAUUCUAAUACUUUCUUCUAUUGCUUUACAUUUUAGCCUGUCCACUUAUCCUUUUAUUCUGAGUAAUUUUAGUUCUUCUUAGUUAAAAAUUGUUUUGUUUAUUUGUUUAUCGAAUGCUUUUACCAUUUAAGCUCCUUAUUUUAGUUUAACCUGAUUAAACACUUGAUUUAAAUUCAUUUUCAGUCUCUUUGCAUUGAAAAUGAGGGUUACCCUCAAUGUUUUACCAAGAGAAAACUUUAUAAACUGAAAUAUUCAAUGUUAUUAUGGGAUGUAGAGGGAGGAAUACUGUAGGUAAAUCCCUUCCAGAUCUUUCUUUGAGGACCACUGUUCUUGAACAUGAUUUUUUAUCUCAAUUUUUUUAUAUAUUUAUCUCCAGAUCUUUCAGCUUAACAGGAAAGAAAGCAGGAACCGGAUUCGCCAAAAUGUCGUUCAUGAAAAUAAAAGACCUCCACGACUCCGGUUUUCAGAAAUCCACCAGAGAAUACGCAGAAUUUUAUAAAAAGGUGGUGCUCCUCGUCGCUCUCGCCGACAGCAACAUCCCUGAACUCCAGGAGCAAAUCUGUAAGCUGAGGGAAAUCACCAAAGCUGUGGAGGACAUCCACAGGAGUUUCACCGCCGGAAGCCUGGUGGGGGGCGUGUUCGCAGCAGUCGGAGGAAUCACUGCAGCGGUGGGAUUCGUCCUGGUGCCGUUCACAUUUGGUGCGUCUCUGGUUGUAGCGGAAGCAGGGGCUAUAGUUGCUGUAGGUGGCGGUGCAGCAUCAGCCGCCUGCAACGUCUUGAGCGCCAUCCAUAAGAAAGUGUCGCGCGACGACAUCGAAAAAGCCCUGGAAAUAUUUAACAAAAGACUCUCGCCCAUCAACAAGUGCCUGGAGGACAUCCAGAUUAAACUCAAGAAGCUGCCGCGAGAGAACGAGGGUCAAUUCAACCUCAGAUUACGGGGAAUAAUGAUGAAGGAAAUAAUGGAAACCAUCGCCGAAUCAGGAAUGCUUGUAGGCAGGACUCUCAGAUCCGUAGCCACGGUCAUGACUGUAGUGUCCAGCAUCUUCGUCGUGCUGGAUAUCUUCUUCAUCGUCAGCGAUUACAGAGAACUGGAGGAACUGGAGAAUCCGCCCAGCAGCAGCCAAAUCAAGUCCAAUACGGUUCAAUUCCUCCAGAAGAUGAAAGAAAUCAUACAGACUCUUAAGCAAGCAGUGGGCGAUAUCAAGAGCGCCAUCAAAACGCUGCAGCGCCUCCCGUCUCCACGCAUGCUAACGAGCUAACAUGCUAACGAGCUAAUGAGAAAACACAAUAUGCUAACACAAGCUUCACAGCUUUACUUUACACCGUAAAAGAAGGAUGAAUUCGAUAUAUACUGUAUUUCUGAUUUUGCUAUUUAUAGUUAUAUGUUUGAGUAAAAUGAACAUUGUUGUUUUAUUUUAUAAACUACGGACUAUAAACAUUACUCCCGAAUUACAAAUCCAAAAAAACAAUAUUGUCAUUUAGAGCAUUUAUUUGCGGAAUGCGAAUAGAAAUGGCUGAAAUAAUGGCAAGAAAUCAAUAUUUGGUGGAAUAACCCUGGUAGUUUUUAAUCACAGUUUUAAUUUCAUGCAUCUUGGCAUCAUGUUCUCCUCCACCAGUCUUACACACUGCUUUUGGAUAACUUUAUGCUGCUUUACUCCUGGUGCAAAAAUUCAAGCAGUUCAGUUUGGUGGUUUGAUGGUUUGUGAUCAUCCAUCUUCCUCUUGAUUAUCUAUUUUGGACUUAAGUCAUUUUAUUGUUAGCAGUGCUUUAUACCAGUGUAAAUGAUUUUAGCUUCAUAAUUUUCUUUUUGCUUUUUAUGUGGAAUUAAACACAAAGUUAAAAUUAAUUAUUUGCCCAAUUACUUGGUUAAGUUCCAACGUAAUUACUUAUAAUUGAGUGAUGUAAUAAAGACAUUUCUUGAA